AAAUCAAAAGCCAAACAACAAAAGAAACUCCGUAAAUGGGGUGCUGAUGGUAUGGUUGAAGAAGAAGCAGGAUACACUUUGGACUUCUCAACAGAAGGAACGCCUCAACCUUCAACUCCUAAAGGUGAUGGUGAUGAACAUGCUGUCAGUAUAGAUACGAAAAACUUCGGUGAUAAAGAUCUUAAAACAGGUGCAUUCCUUGUUAAAGAUCUCAAUGAUGAGAUUGAUGCUAUUUUGAGCAGUUCAAAGCAAAAACAAGAAGUGAAGGAACCUUUUGGAUUUUUGAAAAAAUUUACAGGUGAAUUACAAAACCAUUUGAUUAGAAAAAACGUUGCACCUGAAGUGGCUUCCCACCUAACAUCUAAUGUUGAAAAAGCACUUGUUGGUUCUAAAACUAAAAAUUGGACAAGUAUCCAAGCCACUGCAAAAGAAGCGUUGGCAAAGGCUUUAACUAAAAUAUUGACACCAGGAACAUCCGUGAAUUUAUUACAGGAUAUAAGAUCGAAUAAAAAACCAUAUGUUAUCUCAGUGGUUGGUGUAAAUGGUGUUGGUAAAUCUACAAAUUUAUCAAAAUUGGCAUUUUGGUUAUUACAAAAUGAUUUCAAAGUUUUGGUGGCUGCAUGUGAUACUUUUAGAUCAGGUGCAGUGGAACAAUUGAGAGUCCAUGUAAACAAUUUGAAAAAAUCAAGUGAAUCUCAAGAUCAAAUUGAAUUAUUUGAAGGUGGUUAUGGUGGUUCUGAUUUAGUUGCUAAGAUUGCUAAAAACGCUAUAGAUUAUGCUCAAAAGAAUGAUUUCGAUAUAGUAUUGAUGGAUACAGCUGGUAGAAGACAUAAUGAUUCAAGAUUGAUGGCUCCUUUGGCAUCUUUUGCUAAAGCUGCUAACCCAAAUAAGAUUAUCAUGGUUGGUGAAGCUUUAGUUGGUACUGAUUCUGUUCAACAAGCCAAAAACUUCAACAAUGCAUUUGGUGCUGGACGCACCCUAGAUUUCUUUAUAAUAAGUAAAUGUGAUACAGUUGGUGAUUUGAUUGGUACUAUGGUAAAUAUGGUUUAUGCCACUAAUAUUCCAAUUUUGUUUGUUGGUGUGGGUCAAACUUAUACAGACUUACGUACACUCAGUGUUGAAUGGGCUGUGAAUAUCUUGAUGAGCUGAAAUAUGAUUUAAAUUACACCUCACUUUCUUUUAUUAAUAAAUUAAUUUUGCGCUUUCAGUAUUUCAUUCGUAGAUGAGGAACUUUGUUAUUUCCGCAUUAGGCAGUCAACA